AUGAAAAAAAGAGCAAGUAAAACUGCUAAGAGCCGUGGUAUUCGCUUUGUGAAUAUCACCCCUAACGUCACUAGGGCUGGCUCUUCUUCUUGUGUUAAUGGCUACUCAUUGCAAAAUGAGUAUGUCAUCAAUGAUGAACAGCCGCGCACUGUUCAAGUUCCAUACGAAUUGACAUUAAAUGUCGAUGACCUAAUUUAUCCUUCAAAAAAUUCACGCCGUUCAAAAAAAACCGAUGACCCACCGAGACCACAGAAUAGUUUUCUUCUCUUUCGUAGGGAUUUUGAAGCGAAGUAUCGGUUACUUCAUAAAAACGAAAAAAUUUUCUCAAAAAAAAUUUCAACUUUAGCAGCAGAAAGAUAUAAACCUAAUAAAAAAAAACAAGAUCCCAACGUUUUAGAAGGAACUUUAACUUUUGUGACUUCGCAGUCACAAGAUAUAGAAAUUCCUACACAAUCCUCAAAUAUUUUAGAAAAGAAGGUUUUCGAAAAUAAGACAAAAGAUGUAAUGUACGAUUCAAAUACAUACAUUCAUAAAGAAGAAAAUACUUUUGAUUAUAAUUAUA